AUGGAGCAAGCUCGCAGCAAGCUCACCAUAAAAAACGACCUGCUUCGAUGUUUUGUGGCCGAGUUUUUGGGCACAGCCAUUCUGGUGCUGACCAUUAACAGCGUUGUGGCCCAGUCGGUGUUGCACUCGGCUCCGAAUAAAUUGAUCAAUGUCAAUUUGGGAGUUGGUCUUGGUAUUGCAUUUGGUAUCGCGGUGUGCGCCAGAAUCUCAGGCAAGUCAUUGAAAAAGUUUUUGAGGAAAAAAAUCCGAGUUUUUCGAAAAUAUUAUCGUUCGUAUAAAAUGUCACCUGCUGCCUGUAUUGAGCAAAAAAUGUUUUGAAAUAAAAUUUGGCCGAAUUUACAAGUUCUACAAAGAAAAAACAGAAUUUCGAAAAAUUUAUCGUUCGUAUAAAAUGUCCCCUGUAGGCUGCAAAGCAUAAGAACAGCUGGAAAUGGGAUUUUUAAUACAUAAGAGUAAAAUGCGAUGUGAAAGCAACGGUAUUUUGAUAUUUUUUUUAUUUUUCAUACAUGGUGACAUCUUAUACGAAAAAAAUUAUUUAAGAAAUCGAGAUUUUUUUAACAAACACAACGUAAAAUGGCCGUAUUUUGACUAAAAUUAUAACAUUGAUGACGUAUAGAAGACUCCAAAAAUGUCUAAAAACCACAAAAAAGAAAACAUUCCCUUCCAAUUUCCAGGUGGCCACAUCAAUCCCGCCGUUUCGCUGAUGUUCUUCACGUUCCGCCAGCUGAGUGCCAUCAAGUUCGCGAUCUACGUGGCCGCCCAGUUCUUGGGUGCGUUCGUCGGCGCGCUUCUGACCUACAUCGUCUACUGCGACGCGAUCAGUAGAUUUGAUGGGGGAAUUCGUCAGGUUUAUGGGACCAAGGCCACCGCUCACAUUUUCGCUUCCUAUUCGUCGCCUCAUUUGGGAGUUGUGAAUGGGCUUUUGGAUCAGGUGAGUGGAGGAGGGUGUUAUUAUAAGUUGUAGUUGAAGUUUUGCUGGUCCGAAGGCACAAUUUGACCAGGAAAUAUUCCAAAUUUUAAAGGGCAAAAUGCCCAUUUUUACAAGUUCCAUAAGGAAAAAAAUGAUUUUAAAAUUUUCCGAAAAUUUUAUCGUUCGUAUAAAAUGUCACCUGCAGGCUGCAAAAAGAAGAACUGCUGAAAAUGGGAUUUGAAAUGCGGAAAGUAAAAUACGAUCUGAAAGAAGCGGUAUUGUUGUAUUUUUUUUUCAUUUUCCAUACAUGGGGACAUGUUAUACGAAAAAAAAUUUACCUUGUAAUCGAUUUUUUUGACGAACCCCCCUUAUUUUUCCUUCCAGAUCAUCGCCACCGCCGUCUUCUGUCUUCUCAUCGCCCACACCGUCGACAAGCGCAACCAAUACCCCACCUGGGUGCAGCCCUUCAUCAUUGGCACAGCCUUUGUACUGAUCGGAACCGCUUUCGCCCUGAACGCCGGAUAUCCCUGCAAUCCCGCUCGCGACUUUGGCCCCCGCUUCUUCACGCUCCUCGCCGGCUACGGAUGGGAUGUGUUCAGCUUCAAGAACUACAAAUGGUUCUGGAUCCCGAUUCUGGGCCCGCUGAUCGGCGGCGUGCUGGGAGGUUGGAUCUACGAAGUGUCGGUGGGAUUCCAGACCCCCGAGGCCGAGGAAUAUCAGAUUGUGGCGUCCGGAAGGGAACUUCAUGUGGUCAAGACCAAGUAAGGAAACAAAUUUUUGAAAAAAAUGGAAAAUUAAAAAAAAAAAAUAUUUUUGAAAUGCACCGUGCAAAAAAUUUUUUUUGACUGCACUGUGCGAAAAAUAAUAGUGAGAAAUACCAAGUAGAUUUUUUUAAUAGGCACCAAAUUUUUUUUUCGUCGCACUGUGCAAAAAAAAAAACAAAAACACAAAUAAAAUUUUCAACCGCACAGUGCGAAAAAAUUUCUUUUUGUUGCACUGUGCAGAGAACAAAAUUUUCGACUGCACGGUGCAAAAAUUUUUUUUCGACUUCACUGUGCGGAAAAAAUUUUAAAAAUAAGUGAACUUUUUUUACAAUUUUCAGAAAAAAAUUCUUUAUUGCACUGUGCAAAAAAAUUUUUUUUUUUUUAUUUCGAAAGCUUGUGCACGUUGCGAAAAAAAUUUUCAUCGCACAGUGCGAAAACAUAAAAUAUUUUUUUAUUUUUUACAAUUAAACUAAUCAAAACGUUUUCAGAGUCGACGAAGCCGAGAAGUUGAAUGUCUAA